GUGACAUUCUUUUCUGUGAUAAUAAAAAAAUGAGAUUAUUUGUCUUUUUUUCUUUUUCCUUUUUUUUGUUGACACUUUGAUUUUCGUUUGAAAUGAUUCAAAGCAACCUUUUCUUGCCAAGUGCUCACCAAAGUAACAAUGGCUGCUCCGCUAAAAAAUCUCCAAACCUCGAACACGCUCUAUGUCUGCUACCCAUCUCCAUUUCCUCACAGGCUCUCUCGACCUCAAUUUCGAUCUCCCAGGAACCCAUUCACACCCAUCUCGCUUUCUCGCUCUCUCCCAAUCGAAUCCCAUUCCCAAAUCACAGGCCCGAUACGACGAGACGAGGGCGGGCCGAUCCUCGGCGAUUGCGUCGUCUUCGAAGAGGGCGCCUUCGACGAUCCGUUUCUCCACCGUUCGACUAGCAGACGGAAGGAGUCGGCGGAAUUGGCGCCGGAGAAUCUAGUUCCGGAGGACUGGGCGGAAGUUCAGAGGGAGAUUAAUAUCGCGAAGAAGAAGAAGAGGAAGGAAAAGCAGAGGAUCGAGCUGAGACCUAUUGGGGGAGAUGACAGGUCUAGGUCAAGGGCAGAUCUGGAGGAAUACUCCAGAGCUGUGAAGGAGAGUUUCAAGAGGCUAAAUCCUGUUGUACUUGAUGAUCCAGUGUUUCCUGAAGCAGGAGAUGAAGGAAACUGCGAGGAACGUGAGGAUGGCUCAGGUUGGAGUGUUUCCCAUGGCAGAGCGGAGCCGAGGAACCCUAGACGAGCUAUGGAUGUUGGUGAUUUGGAUGAUAUAAGAGAGUUCUUCAACAAUGGGAGUUAUGAUUCUAGAGGCAGCAGAAAAGCUGGAGAGAAAAGAUGAUUAGCAGCUUUGUUGGGCCAAGAACAUCUUGUUGGAGAAUGCCUUUGGAGCUCUUGGAAGGUUUCUAAGACACUCCUUUCACUUUUUUAUUUCUUUCCAUAAGAAGUGCGUUUAAUUUUGUGCAGAUUCUUUACUCUCGAUCAGAAUGUCAUGAUAGUUAGCUCCAUUUUCUGCACUUCAUGCAUUGGCCAAUAAGGGGGAGAAAUACUGAGGCCCCAAUGAAGAAACAUGAGAGACUUGGAAUAGAGUGUGAGAAGGGGUAGACCUAAGAAGAGUUAGAAUGAGGUGAUUAGACAUGACUUACAACAUCAGGAUCUAACCUAGGAUAUGACCUUAGAUAGGAACACCUGAAGAUUUAGGAUAAGAGUAGUUUAGUAGGUUUAAUUUGUACUUUGUUUGUGCUACAGUGGGCCUGUGUUUCUGGGAGAAGUAUUAAUGCUGAUUUAGUAUAAUGACCUUUGACUUUUGAUUUUAUGAAGUUGCAUUGCAGGAUGGGUUGACUGCAACUCACAAAGCAUUUCUUGGGAAAAAGCAUGCAAUUUUCAACCUUCUUCUGCCAGAGUUUGCAAAUUAAUUUGUGUCAUAAAAGUAAGCUGGCCUUAGCUGGGUAGUGAGGAUACUCCAUCCUUGCCUGCUUCUUUUCUUAUUUUUAGUAUCAAUAAUGCUACUACAACACCAAGUUUGACACCGAGAUUGAUAUAUAUCACCGUAUUAUUUUUCACACAGACAGUAACUGCUGUGAGAAAUUGAUACUAGUGGUUUCAAUCUUAGCGUCAUCCUUGAUGUUAUUAAAGCAUGGUCUUUUAAUUAUUGCACGAACUCAUUUUGAGAUAUAUUGUUUAUCAACAUAAAAAAGAAUAAGACUAUUAGCCUUAG